AUGGCCGCGAUCGCUGACGACGACGCAAAGGUCGCGCGUUACACCAACGAUGAAACCUCGCCUUCCCCACCGGUCUACGAAGAUGGCAGCGUACAGGAAGACAAUGCCUAUGUUUACGACGAUUCCCAGAAGCUGGGCUACACGGCCACAGUCUUUGUCAUCCUGAAUAAGAUGAUCGGCACUGGUAUCUUCUCGACUCCUUCUGGUAUCUUUGCAGCAACAGGGUCGGUCGGCGUGUCACUCUUCCUGUGGAUCAUUGGCGGCAUUCUCACAUUCUGUGGGCUAUCCGUGUUUCUGGAAUUCGGUCUCGCAAUCCCACGUUCAGGCGGCGAGAAGAACUAUCUGGAGCGCGUCUACCGUCACCCUAAAUACGUUGCGACAUGCGUUCUUGCUGCGCAGAUGUUGUUGCUCGGAUUCUCUUCCGGUAACUCGCUCGCUUUCGGUCGCUACGUACUGUUCGCAGCUGGUUCGGAAGCACCCGAUGGCUGGGCGGCGCGUGGCAUAGCCGUUGCUUGUGUCACUUUCUCGGUUGUGCUCCAUGCCACGUUACCGAAAUGGGGCAUACGCCUCUUCAGCAUUCUCGGCGUGUUCAAGGUUUUCAUCCUACUCUUCAUCGUCUUCUCUGGCUUUGCUGCUUUGGCUGGUCAUCUGAAGAUCGAACAGCCGCACAACUUCGACAACGCCUUCGCGCUGGAAGUCGGUGAUGGCUAUGGUGGCGGCGGCGCCUAUGCUUACUGCCAAGCUCUGUUGCGCAUCAUUUACUCCUACAAAGGCUGGGAAAAUGCCAACUAUGUGUUGGGCGAGAUUCGGAACCCGAAGAAAACCCUGGCUUGGUCUGCACCCCUGGCAAUCGGCGGAACUACUAUCUUGUACGUCCUCGCGAACGUGGCUUACUUCGCUGCCAUCCCCAAGUCCGAUCUUGCGAAGAGUGAGGUAAUUGUGGCUGGCCUGUUCUUCCGCAACGUUUUUGGUAAUAGCGCUGGAGCGCGCAGUCUUCCCGCUUUUGUUGCCCUCAGCAAUCUAGGCAACGUACUCGCCGUCAGUUUUGCCCAUUCACGCCUCAACCAGGAGUUUGCAAAAGAGGGUCUACUUCCGUGGAGCAGAUUCUGGGCGUCGAACAAGCCAUUCAAUUCGCCGGCGACAGCCUUGUUCUUGCAUUGGCUGAUUACAGUCAUCGUACUGCUUGCGCCCCCUGCUGGUCCUGCGUACAAUUUCAUCACCGAUCUGUACACCUACCCCGGCGCUUGGAUCAACGGCUUCGUCACUGCCGGUCUCAUUUACCUACACUACUCCAAGCGCGAACGCUGGGAGUCGCCAUGGCACACCUAUCUCCCCAUUGCCGUUCUUUACCUGGCUGCAAACAUUUUCCUCGCACUGGUCCCCUUCAUUCCUCCGGAUGGCGAUUGGAACGCGGAUGGCUACCCAUAUUACGUAUUCCCGGUUGUUGGUGUCAGCGUUCUGCUACUAGGUGGAUUCUACUGGCUCUGCUGGACGAAGAUUUGGCCAAAGCUCGGAGGAUACAAGAUCGUCAGUCAGCGCUAUGAGGAUGCCGAGGGCAAUGAGCAUGUGAAGUAUGUGAAGGUAUACACUAAGCACGACUGA